AUGAAUCCUGCAGCAGGGAGCGGAAUGUUACCAUUCGAUCCAGAUGACACGACGAAUGUUAGUUCGAGAUGGAAGAAGUGGAAACGUUCUUUCGAGAUUUUUUUGGACGUCAAUAAUGUGGCUCUUCCGAGCAGAAAGAAGUCAUACCUACUCCACUUUGCGGGGGAAAGCGUACAGGAUAUAUAUGAUAGUCUAGUGGGCGAUGGAAAUCAGCCAGUGCCGGUAGGAUCGGAUGCUUACCAGGAAGCUGUUGGAGUGCUAGACGGUCAUUUCUUGCCCAUGAAGUGCUUGCCACAGGAGCGCCAUAUCUUCCGGAAUUUGCAGCAAGAACCUGAUGAGAAGAUUUCAAAGUUUGUUCUCCGUUUGCGAGAGCAGGGUAAUCUAUGCGAAUACCAAGAUUGGCUGGAAGAAAACAUCAAAGAGCAGAUCUUUGAAAAGGGAUCAUCCGACGAGCUUCGAGCGAAAAUACUGACGAAACCAUCAAUGACCUUGACAGAAAUUAUAAAUGAAGGCCGUUCGCUCGAAACUAUCGAAAAAGUACGACAGCAGUUAAAGCGUUCCGCAGAUAUAAACAAACUUUCAACUUCCAAGAACGAAUGUUUUCGAUGUGGUCGUGUUGGGCAUUAUGCUAACGAGGAUUGCUGCCCGGCGAAGGAUAAGAAAUGCGAGAAGUGCGGUCUUUCGGGACAUUUCAAGCGAUGCUGCAAAACAAAGGAACAGAAUAUCGACAAUAAUCGUUUCAAGCAAAGGAAUAAGCGGAUUCGGCAGGUUGGAGAGGAAGCAUCAGGUGGACAGGAAAGUACAUAUGACUCUGACGAUGAAAGCACGGGUGACGCAACAGAAGUGAAGUACGUUUUUGCCGCAGAUACGGAUAACUCACAGGCAGAGAAGGUAGUUUGCAGUAUUGGGGGUGUGAAGAUUAAGUGGAUCGUGGACUCAGGAGCAGGAAUCAACGUUAUUGAUAACAACACAUGGUCCUAUUUGAAGAAGCAGAACAUCGAUAUCCUUUCACAGAGCAAAGGAUCCAAUAGAACCCUAAAAGCAUACGGUAACAAUCAUCUGCGCGUUAUCGGAGAGUUUACUGCAGAAAUCGCAACGAAAAAUCGCAGUGUGGUGGGAGAGGUCGUCGUUGUGCAAGACAAAGGUGCAAGUUUGCUGAGUAGGGAAACGGCAACUCAGCUCAAUAUUCUGAAUAUCAACACAAAUGUCUGGAGAGUAAACGACGAAUCCAACAGAAUUGGCAGGAUAAAAGGAUUUGAAGUGACGUUGCAAAUCAACGAUACUGUGAAGCCGGUUCAACACACAAAAUGCCAUGUUCCGAUUCCGCUUCAGGAAAAAGUGCAACGAGAAAUUGAUCAUCUAUUGGAACAAGACAUAAUUGAGCCAGCCCCAAGAGAUUCACCGUGGAUAUCUCGUCUUGUCGUCAGUCCCAAAGCAGGUGAUACAUCCAGCGUUCGGCUUUGUGUGGAUAUGCGAGCGGCAAAUAAAGCGAUAGUACCGCAGCACCAUCCCCUACCUACUUUUGAUGACAUCGUGCCUCAUUUAAACGACUGCAAGUGGUUUUCGAAAAUCGAUUUGGUCAAAGCAUUUCAUCAAGUACUGUUGGCAGAGGGUUCCAGAUUCAUAACCACUUUCGCAACGCAUCAGGGGUAUUAUCGAUAUAAAAGAUUGACCUUCGGAAUGAACUGCGCAUCCGAGGUCUUUCAAAGCAUCAUUGAGCGUAUUCUGAAGGAAUCAAAGGUGUGCGGGUCUUUAUAG